CUCUCUCCCUCCAUCCUUCUUCGUCGUCGUCGGCCAUUCUCGCGAUCAGACCAGUCAAGCAAAACGCCCCAAAGACACUCGCAUUUAACUCCCAAGAUGCGGUUCCUCUGUCUCCAUGGCGCAGGUACCAACGCUGAAAUCUUCGAGGUCCAAUCAGGUGGAAUCAGCUAUGACCUCGCCAAAAAAGGCCAUACAUUCAAAUACUACAAUGGUUACAUGGAGGCCGAAGUUGAACCCCAGCUAAAGGGUCUGUUCCCUGGGCCCUUCUACAACCACUAUCCUCGCGACCAAGCCCCGGGCGAGAAUCUCGCCAUCUCAAUGAAGCACGUCUACCAGAUCAUCGAACGUGAAGGACCUUUCGAUGCUGUUAUGGGAUUCUCCCAAGGUGCUUCGCUCGCGUGUGCGAUGAUUGCGCAUCAUGCGAAAACACAUAAAGAGCCCCUGUUCAAGCUUGCAGUGUUCAUCUGCGGUGCGUUGCCGUUCGACAGUACUGGCAACGAGGUCCUCGCUGUGCCUCCACCCGGAGGCGAGUACCCGGUCCAGAUCCACACAACGAACAUUGUGGGGAAGCAGGAUGAGUUGUAUCCCUCCAGCAUGCAUCUGUAUAGGGUGUGUGACCCGGCAAAGGCCAGGUUCUAUGAUCAUGGGUCAAGGCAUUUGGUGCCAUUUGAUGUGGAGAACACGGAGGCGAUGGUGGCUGCUAUUGAUGCCUCUAUUCAGAGGGCUUUGACUGAACAAUAG